AUGCGGUUGCAGGUUUCGAUCAGCCUCGUAGCUGCUUGCUACUGGGCUCUCGCUUCUCUAUCCACAGUCUCCGCAGCAGUCGCACCCAAUCCAGAUCCCACCUAUCACAUUCCCCGAAUCGGCGUUCCCAAAUUAUCUUCGCUCACAUCAGCCUCUCAAUUCCUCACCCCGCGUUUCCAUCGUAUCAUCAGAGCCGACGAGGACAAGUCGAAGAAGACCAACACCGCGCUGUUCGUCGCAUCAGAACAGGGCGGAUUUGGAGCGCUAAAUCCCAGAAAUGGAGAUAUUGUGUGGAGAAGAGUGGUCAAUGAUACAGACCCUGUGCAAGGGUUCUGGCUCAGCGCUGAUGGUGAGCCGGCGAAUAGAGAGCGUGCAAAGUGACAGCAUAUAGUCACCCACUGAGCCCCUGACGCCUCGCGUCCUUCCGCAUUCCUGUACAGUCGCAUUGUACUUGACUGGCCAUGGCGCUACGAGAGCCACGGUGCACAACGCUCUGACAGGCCGCUUAGAAUGGUCUCAGCUUCUUUCGCUUACUGAUCAGUCCGAUCCUAGUACCUCAUCCGCUUCCCACGAUAGCGUCCCCCCGUGGGCCGGUCCAGGCUGCGAUGCUUCUUUUGUAGCACCUGGCUUUCCUGCCGGCGACAUCAUUGUCCUAGAUGGGGCCAAACGCGUUCGGAGGCUUGAUGGGACUACGGGUCAACAGCGGUGGAGAUGGAGUGAAGUCGAGGUGUGAGUCAGUGUGGAUGGGAGUGUCUCUGGUUAGGCAGGCUAUGCUUAUACCUGCGCCUCCAUCUCCACCAGUACGAGGGAUCGCACGCUUGUUCGCGUGUUGGCAAGUGAAGCAGCCGUGCACGUCGUCUCUCUGGCUCCAACCUAUUCCACCCUCCCUUUGAUUGGCUCAAAAGAGCCUACGGGCUUCGAUGUGCGCAUAUACACGCUCUCGCUGACCGAUGGAAAGCUGUUGGAUAUUCAGGAUGUAGGCGCAGCCAUCGCCCCCGUUGGUCCCUUGGCUGGCUAUGGCGGCAAAGCCACAACCGGUGGUGCUGCGAACAUUGCACUGGUCAACCUUGCUGCUACUCGACCACGCCAAGGAAGCGAAGUAACGCCCGCGGGACAGAAGCCUCCCCUCCAGCCUCAUCUGGUCUGGGUACACAAGGAUGGAACGAUCAAAGCCGUCUCGUGGCCAGUCGGUCUUGAAUCUCCACCUGAUGACGCUGCUCCUGCUAUUCAAGCGAGGCAGGCUCCCAACGUCCUCACUCUCAAGGCCCUCUCAAGUAAUUUUGUUGCCUUGCGAGAAGUCAAUCUCGGUGAGCGUGGCGUGCUCGUCGCCAUCAGGGAAGAUGGAAAAGCAGAGGUUAUCCGCGUCGAUCAUGCUCAGGGCAAUGAAGGAUCAAAGCAAGGCAAAGCUGCGCUCUACUCCCGCUGGGAAUUCGAGGAAGAUGCUCGUGAUGCUGUAUACAGCGGUACAGUGGACAAGCAGGGGUCAGCAUAUGUGAACAGACUAUUCUUCCAAGCUUCUCAACAGUUGGUAAAUUUCCACGUCUACUGGCUCGACUCGAAAGAUCCCGGCGGGCAGGGCCAGAUCACUGGGUUUAGCUUUCAGUUCGAUCAUGAUCUGAAUGGGGACAUUCUCGCUGCGCCUUUCGAGGUAUCGCCCGUAUCGUCGUAUCAGGUCAUUACGCGAUCCGCUUUCAUCACUGCCUCUGGAUCCGUCAGGCUACUGCAAGAUGACCGACAUCACUGGAUGAACGAAGAGGGUCUGGCCGAGACUGCUGCCGCAGUUCUGGUAGACUUACCCGAGCGCCAGAUCGGAAGCGUCGUUUCGGCAGAUUCCCAGGGUGGUGACUUAGAGCUGAAGCUGCGAGCAGCAGCUGCCCGAGCUGUGCUGGAAGGCGAGACCUUCUUCGAGCGCUUGCAGCGACAUGGAUUGGCUUUGCAGCUCGCGCCAUCCUGGCUUCUCAGCGUCAGCAUAAGCUUCAUCGAGGGUCUAAAGAGCUUGAUCUCAGAUCCUCGACUCUUUGCGACUUCGCACUACGCAGCUCAGCGUGGGGCUCCUCCACCGCCACCGAAGCCCACCGCGAGCGAAGAUGGUACGACACGGCAAUUCAAACGAUACCCAGCGGGAGGCGUUGCUGCUGCCGAGGUGCCUGACGCCCGGCGUCGGGUUAUCCCUCGACCUGCGCGUAUUCCUCAAGGCGGGAAAGCUGCUCGACCUGCGCAUCUGGCUCAAGGCCCUCCACCUCCAGCUGCACUUGCACCGCGCGCCGCAGAUUCCAACGUCACUGCGCACCUCUUCCGAGACAGACUGGGCUUCAGAAAGGUCCUAGUGAGCGCUACGACACGCGGUAAAGUGUACGCCAUGGAUACGGAUACGAGGACAUUCGUGUGGGAAAAGAGUCUUGUCGGUUUUGGAGCUGGCGAAGGAGCGCCUGUGCCGAUCGUCAAUGUGCGCUUCCUCAGUGUCACUAGACCUGUAGGAGGAGCGAACUUGGCCAAGGAUAGCAGCACUGACAAAGAUGCGAAUGCCGAUGCGGCUGCCCACCUUGGACCUCUGAUCACCAUCGUUGCUGAUGUAGAAGAGCAAGGCACAACACUUACGAGAGUGUGGGAGCUUGAUCCUUUGACGGGCGUCUUUCCUGCUGGGGACGCUGCGCAGACCGGCCUUCCGCUGCUUGUGGGCAAGGCGAAGGACGUCUUCUUGCUACCCUUCGAAGACGACGUCACCAGACAGCAAGCGGUAGGCGCCAUCGACCCCAACAAUGGGUUAGUACUUUGGCCUCGCACUCCAUCCGUCGCAGCCGCCUUCGAAAAAAUUGCGAAGCAAUUCUUCUACCUCACGCACACGACUCAUCAGGAUCAGGCGACAGGGCAAAACACUUCAAUCUUGAGUGGCUUCGUCGUACUUAACGGCCAAACGCUCGAGUCUGCGCCAGCAUGGCAGAUGCGCUUUGAGCCGGGCGAGGAGAUCGUCCACCUGAUACAUGGAUCAAAUGGUCCUAUAGCCAGCCAGGGUAAAGUUCUUGGAAAUCGCAAGACGAUGUACAAGUACCUCAAUCCGCACGGAGUCGUCGUUGUGACGCGACUAUCUGGCCCAGAUUCUCAGAGGGGCGACUCGGCUCAUGUCUAUGUGAUCGACUCGGCUAGUGGUCUCACACUUUACUCUCGACGUUUGAUCGACGACGAUCUGGCUGCAGGCCAAGACUCACUCCAAGCAGCGUUUGCUGAGAAUUGGAUCACCGUCGCAUACAGGGUCAAUGGUCACGAUGCUCACGAGGUCAGCACAAAGCCUCAGAACGAAGUGGUUGACGAAAAGGGCAGCAAAGCAAAGACGAUCGCGCUCAAGCCGGAGACGCGAUUGCUGUCGCUCGAGCUGUACGAGGCUGAGACGGCUCGGGAUCAGACGUGGGACUGGACAGGCAGCAAAAGCAGCUUCAGUCCCGUGAUUGGCGGUCCAGAGGGAGUCAGACCUUUUGCGCAGACCUACGUUUUGCCUCACGCUAUCACAUCCUUGGCAAUGUCCAAGACCAAGUUUGGAAUCACCAGCAAGUCCCUACUCAUGACUACCGUCAAUGGCAAUCUGUUGAGCUUGCCUCGAAGACUUUUAGAUCCUCGCAGGCCUGUCGGUCGCAAACCCACUUCGGAGGAGUUGGAAGAAGGUCUGUCCACUUUUGAUGCGUAUGUUCCCAAUGCGCCGCAACUCAGCAUUGGUGGUCAGUUCCGCAUCGAAGCUCCCAAAGGACUUGUGGUCGCUCCGGCCGCAAUCGAGAGCACGAGCUUGGUCGCCGUGCUAGGUCUCGACUGGAUCCUCGUCAGGAUCGCUCCUAGCGGCACAUUUGACAUGCUCAACCGUGAGUCGAGUUCACGCUGGUCAAUCAUUCGGUUCAGCAUUCGAGCUGACUCUUGCCGCUCAUCCGACGCUUGGUCGUCAUAGCAACUUUCAACAAGCCCCAGCUCGUCUUGACCAUCGUGGCGCUGACCGUGGGGCUCUUGGUCGCAAAACCGAUGCUCGCCACCAAAACCCUCAAAAUGAGGUGGUAG